AUGUUUUUGAAAAAAUGGAUUCAAACGAUACUAGAGUAUCAAAAUCGCCAUUUCCCAUGCGAUAGAAUACUAGCCCAAAGAAUUUUUAAAUGCAUUAUUCAUACUACUGUUUGUUUUAUAUUUUGUCUAAUUUUUAAAGUUAGAAAUGUUUUGGGUGACGAACCAGCAAUGUUGCCCCUUAUUUCAGUUAUCGUUCAUCCAGGUAGGAGAUUGAGUGCCACCAUUCAACACACCUUUAGAUGUUCAUUUGGAUUGUUGCUAGGCCUCGCCUACUCCCUAUUAGGAAGGUUCAUUGCACAAAGAUGUUUGGGUUCUUCAUGGAACGUUUUAACGGAAAAAGAGCAAUACAAGCUAAACUAUAGAAACUACGAAGCCGCAUUAGGUAUAUUGGCGCUUUUUGAAUGCGUUAUGUUAUUUUACCAUGGAUGGAUGAGAUCUGUUAACCAUCAUUAUUUUGCCACAGUUUUCCCAACUUUUUUAGUAGUCCAUUUUGCCUUUACUGAUUCUUUAACCCAAGGCCCUGGCCAAAUCUCCAAGGCUUACAGUACCCCAUUUUAUCUUGGUAUUGCUAUGGCGUUAUUUUGGAAUGUGGUCUUAUUUCCUGAAUAUGGUAGCACUUAUUUAGGUACAAGUACCAUCGAUUGUUUAAACCAUAUACACAAAGCCGUGGACAAUUCAGUUUACUUUUUCACCUCAAUUGAUGAUCAAUCUGACGAUUAUCCAGGCAAGGAACCAAUGUCUUUGGGUGCUUUGCUCAAAUACAAAAAUACAUUGGAAAAAAAAAUACAACAGUGUAAUAUGGUUUUGAAGGAAUGUAUUUAUGAGAUUUCAUACUCCUAUGUUUCACCAAGUCAGUUAGAUCCCGUAAUUACUAUUUUCAAAUACUUUGCCUUAAAUAUUAAUGGUUUAAUUAACGCUUGCCAAUUAGAGUUUAUCUCUCUAGGUAAAGCACAGGAUGAUAUUGAUGUUGAAAGAGAAAUGAAAUACGCAGAUUAUGAAAAAUUGAGGGAUAUUAUGUCUAGGUUGAAACCUAAUAUAAAUGAAUUGAACGAACAUUUGAGUAAAUGUCUAUAUUAUAUCAAGUUAUUAUUGGCAUAUUCGUAUGAUGUUUCCUUUGAUAAAAUACAUACAUCUGAUAUAUAUACUUAUGCUGGAGACAGCUCAUUUGUUUACAAAAAUAAAUCAGAUUUUAUCAAGAAUUAUAAUGAAAAGGAUUUUGUUAAUUUGAUUAACGAAUUACAAGAAAAAGUAAAGAAUUUCGAGGAAAAGUUUUCAGAGGAGUUGCUUCAUGUCAAUUAUGAUAUUCUAACACCCAACGACGAGAUGUUUUUAUUAUCAUCGUUUCUAAUGAAUUUCAAAGAAUGCAGCUAUCGUGUUGUGACCAUGAUGAGUGAAAUUUCAGAUAUUUUCAACUAUAGGAAAACCAAAGAAGCUAAGGGCUGGCUAAGAGGGAAAACCGUCUGGUUUACAUUUUGGAAUAGUAUUGAACAUUUGACAAGAUUUUAUACUGGUACAAGUGGUGACAUUACCACUGGUGUCAUUACUGAAUCACAAGGUUUCCAAGGUGGUAUGUCUGGCAAACCAGGCUCCUAUAGUGCCGGUGUUGUUAUUCGUCCACAGUAUGAAGAAAACCAGUUGCUAGAUCAACAAUCUAAUAAUAUUGAGUCAAAUGAGGAUGAAGAAAAGGAUGCAAAAAAAACUUUAUUGCCCAUCUCUAAAACAACAUCAAUCACUGAAACUUCCAACAAAAACAUUCGUUCCUUUAUAAAAUGGCUUUAUCGUAACUGUAGAGGUAAAUGGAGACCCCACUUUAUUUUUGGUUUGCAGGUUACCAUGGCUUUGAUCAUCUCCUCCAUUCCCAUGUUUGUCCCCAAAGCUCGGAACUGGUAUGUCGAUAUGCAUGGUCCCUGGAUCGGUUUUGUUUGUAUUCUAUGUAUGGAACCCAACGUGGGAGGUACUUUUUGGGUUUUCUUUUUAAGAGGUGUUGGUGUUGUCGUGGGUUCAGCAUGGGCCUAUUUGUCGUACGUCGCUGGGCAUUGCCAUCACCACGAUCCUUACCUAGAAACAGUUAUUGCUGCAAUUGGAACCAUUCCAGGAUUUUAUUUAUUCUUAGCUACCCCCUAUGUUAAAGCAGCUAUCAUAUUGCUUAUUAGUAUCUAUAUCGUUAUGUUGGCAGCUAUUAUUCCAGGUUCCAUUGGCGGCGGUAUUUUGGAAAAUUUUGCCAAAAGAUGCUUUGCAGUUGGUUAUGGUGGUGGUGUGGCUCUUAUAGUCCAAGUGAUUUUGUUCCCCGUUAAGGCACGCGAUCAACUAAACGAAGAACUUUCUUUUGUGGGCGGAUGUGUUGCAGAAAUGAUUUUGUUGUAUGCCUCUGGGCUAGAUGGGCAAACUGUCAGGAUUAGUAUUACUGAUGAAAGAUUUGAAAGAUAUUUGAAACUAAGUACGGCCUCUAAAGCUGCUUUGAUUCGUGCUGAGGAGUAUCUAGAGUUGACUAGACAAGAGCCAAGACUAAAGGGAAAUUAUACCGAAUUAAAGAAUGUUUUCACACAAGUUAUUUUUGUUGAAAGACAAAUUAUAGAUAGAUUAGACAACAUCGUUUUACUAAGAAAAAAAUAUGGAAGCGCUAUUAUAGAGGAAUUGAACCAUAUUACUUAUCCAUAUAGAAGACAAUUAAUAGCAUCGAUGGUUUGUGAUAUUAGAGCUGUACAAGAGGGCAUAAUAAAUAAGUCCCCAUUACCUCAAUAUUUGCCCAGCCCUAGAAUUGCUCAUAGGCGUUUGAUUAAUAAAGUUAGAGAGGUUCUACACAAAAGAUAUGCUAGUGCAUUGGCAAGAUUUGAAAAUGAUUCGAAAAUGUUGGACAAGAAAAAUACUGAAGUUUCAUAUAAUGAUAGUGAUAAUAAAGAAGAGUCUGACGAUGACAACGAGGGUAUUGUUAUUCGUUCACGUAAGGAUAAGAAUAAAACCUCUUAUUUGUCUCCACAUGAUUAUGUUUUAAAAGAAAAGUUUCUAAGUUGGAACGCCUCUACUGCAGCAACUGAGGAGAUUAUUGAAUAUAUGGAAGAGCUUAUAGAGCUAACAAAAAUUUUGGUGGGUGUUAAUGAAUUUAAAUAUGGGUUUUUGUCACGUCCAUUAUAUGUAGACUGGGCUGCUGAUGCCGUUGUUGGUUUUGAUAAGUUUAUAAAAGGUGGGAAACUUAAAAAAUCUAAUAGUUUUAGUAACACUACCACGACCGCGACGACAGACGGACCCAAUAAUGAGUUGAGUUCCAUUAUCAACGAAGAUUCAGAAUCAUUACCCAGUUCCUUAAGCGAUGCUGCUGUGUCAAGAUCAAAUUCAAGUUAUGCUGAAAAUCCUGUACCCUUUAAUGAGGGUAAAACUUAUCAUGAGGAUGGAAUCAACUUGGCAAGAAUUGCAUCUCAUAAAUCGGAUUAUAGUAAUAAUAAUAAUAAUAAUAAUAAUAAUAAUAAUAAUAAUAAUAGCGACAGUAACUUAGGUCCCAGAUUACGUAAAAGAGCAUUUUCUAUUGGUUCCAUAGAUUUAUCAUUGAAUAAAAUUAAAACAUUGGGUGAAUCUAUACCGAUUACAAACAGUGAUGCAAGCGACGAUGAUUUGCCAUUGGCUUUGAAGAAAAUUGUUUCUAACAAGACAAAAAGAAAAAUGGAUAAUUGA